UGGAAGAGUUUCCAUAAAUGUGGCAAUUUACUUGGCGAUCCUCUCAGUGCAAUUUCCUCAUCAUGGACCAUCAAGUCAAAAUUGAAAGGUUACAAGAACUUAUUGCGGGCAGCAUUCCUGGAGAGUUGACUGAACAGAAAGUCACUACUCUGCUACCCCCGGGGGAGAAUUAUGGAAGCAUUAUAUACCAAGUGGAUUUUAAAAUGAAGAUAGAUGGUGAGAAAAAGAGCUACCAUGCAGUGGAAAAAUGUACCCCGCUCAAUAAAAUUACUCAAGAAUUCUUUAACACUCAAGAAACAUUCAGAGCGGAAAUUGGCUGGUACACCACCGUCAUACCCACUUUGAAGACCUUUGCUAGGGACCAAAGUUUCGGCAGGAAAAUAGAUUUUUUCCAGGAAUUUUAUGGAGGCAGAAUUAGUUUGGAUGCUAAAAGUGAUUUCGUGGAUAAACAUGGAGUGAUUUUGACCGAAAACUUGAAGCAAAGAGGUUUUCACAACAUUGAUCGUUAUGUGGGUUUUGAUGCGCCAACAACCUACUCUAUUCUGAAAAACCUUGCGACAUUUCACGCCCUUUCUAUGGCAAUUCGUGGGAAAAACCCUGUUCUAUAUGAAAAAAACUUGCAACGUUUCUGCACCAGGUUUGGUGCCAAUCGAGCCAAAGAAGUGUUCCAGAACUCCAUUUUAGAGCUAUUAAACAACCUCCCUGAAUUCGCAUCUCAUAUGGAUACAAUCAGGAAAGUUGUAAAAGAAUCCUGCCAAUUUGAAAAGAAAACAACUCGAGAACCGUGGGUAGCGAUCGUACAUCAGGACUUUUGGUGUAACAACAUUAUGAUUACUGGAGGAAAAUGUUAAAAAAAUAUAAUUUUGGAUCUACAAGUA